AUGACGGAUACGAGUCAGGCGGAGCAACCGCCCCAAACCAACGGCAUUUCCGACUUGGAAGACGAUGACAAGGCCAAAAUGAGACCAGUAGACAUAGACGCCGAUGUGAGAGAAAUGGAACGAAGGAAACGAGUAGAGAUGAUAAUGAACAGUAAGCUAUUCAGGGAAGAACUGGAGAGGAUCUUAGAUUCACAAUUAAAAGAUGGAUCCGGACCGAGUGGACUUCUCCAACAAAUUUCGGACAUGGUGGGAGUCAACAGGCAAGGCGGAAACGUCUUCAAGAGUUCGAGCUGUGUGAUUCCCGUUAACGAUAUUAGAGGAAUCGAGUCGAUGGGAUAUGGCAAGGGCGAAAAGAUUCUUAGAUGUAAAUUGGCCUGCCUCUACAGGUUGAUCGACUUGUACGGCUGGGCCUACGGCUCAAGUACACUUAUAACUGCCAGGUUGAACCAAGACGACGAACAAUUCUUGGUCAACCCUUACGGAAUGCUCUUCCACGAAGUGACAGCUUCCAGUCUGAUUAAGGUAGACAUGCAGGGCGCGGUCCUCGAACAAGGCACAACCAACUUCUCCGUCAACAUUACCGCAUAUUCACUCCACGCAGCAGUACAUUCCGCUAGACCAGACAUCAAAUGCAUCAUUCACGUUCACACUCCUUCCGUAGUAGCUGUAUCUUCGUUAAAACAAGGACUGAUGCCUUUGAGCCAGGAGUCUGUUGUCAUAGGUGAAGUAAGUACACACAUGUACUUAGGCGGCCAUCUAGAUCCCGAGGAAAAGGACAAAAUCGCAAGGAACCUAGGACCGAACAAUAAAGUUCUUCUACUGACCAAUCAAGGAGCAUUAUGUUGUGGAACGACCAUUGAAGAAGCCUUCUUCAAUGCCAGAAAUACCGUUUUAGCCUCAGAAUCACAGCUCAAACUUCUUCCUGUAGGCAUUGAUAAUUUAGUUUUGAUAAAUGACGAAGUAAGGAAAAAAAUAUACGACGCAGCGCACAAAGCACCAGAAAGUACUCCCAGACCGGACCAACCCUCUAUUUUGGAGGGCAAAGUAGAAAGAAAGUGGCGUGUAGGCGGUGUAGAAUUCGAAGCUUUGAUGAGGAUGUUGGACAACGCUGGAUUCAGGACCGGCUACAUUUACAGGCAUCCCUUGGUUAAAGGCGAACCACCGAAACCAAAGAACGACGUCGAGGUACCCCCAGCAGUUUCCUCCCUUGGAUAUUUGUUGGAAGAGGAGGAGUUGUAUAGACAAGGACUCUGGAGAAAACUUGAAGGUGGUAGAAAAGGUAACGAUCGCAGCAGAUGGUUGAAUUCGCCAAACACCUAUCAGAAAGUGGAAAUUUUGGAAACCGGAACACCCGAUCCCAAGAAAAUCACAAAGUGGGUAGCCGAAGGAUCACCCAGCCAUUCAAGCAGCACACCCGUUAAAAUUGAAUCGGCUCUUCAGUUCGUGCCCAUAGGUACUAAUCCAAAGGAAUUCAAACAAAAACAACAACAGAUCAAAGAUUACAGACGAGCAGACAAAAUAUCUGCCGGUCCUCAAUCCCACAUCUUGGAAGGCGUAACGUGGGAGGAAGCUAAAAAAAUGCAGGACGCCACAGUGACUCAAACAGGCGAUCACGUAGUGCUAAUGGGAGCCGCGUCGAAGGGCAUUAUCCAGAGAGGGCACCAACACAACGCCAUGGUAUACAAAUCGCCUUACGCCAAGAAUCCUUUCGAUAGCAUCACAGACGAAGAACUCAACGAAUAUAAGAAAGUCGUAGAAAAGAAAGCUAAGGGUGAAUAUGACACUGACUACAGUGAAUCAGAAGGCCUUUCGUCUGCAGCUUUGAACAAAAGAAUUGAAGAUAUGCAAAUUAGGUCUCCAACUUCUGUUACUAGUGAGACAGAGGAAGAAAGUAGAGAUGAACCUCAAAUCUUACGGAUAGAAACGAAGACCGUUCCCAAACCUAGUCAACCAGAAGUUGUAUUAAGCGAUGUUGAAAGUUCCCCCAUAGAAAACUUCCUUAAAGCCGAGCGUGUCUCUGCAAAUAGUUAUAGGGGAGGAACUCGAAGGGAACUAUAUAGAACUAACAACUAUGCAGGUUUUCCCAAAGGAUCAUUUUUGGAGCCUAAUCCCUUGCAUUUCCACAUAGUCAGGGAAAGUCAGAUCGCUGUUAGACAGCGUCCUGUAAAGAUAUCUUUCACUGCUAAUUAUAGAUCUUCGGAUUCUCAUUCUGUUGUCGUUAACCUCGAUAAUUCUAGGUGCAUAUCUGUAAACAUGCCUUUCAGUACUUUGGAGGGUUUUAUUGUUCCGUUCGCAUCAGCUUUAAAUUCAAGAAAUGUUCCUAUGAUCAGGGAACAAGCCUCACAAACCAGCUAUCUAAAUGUAGUGAAUUAUACUCCUUUGUAUAUUAGUCAAUAUAGAACAUGUUUGACAGAACCCGACCAAACGAAUUCAUUCGAGAGAAACAUUUUGGUGAAUAUGCACGAGCAGAUGCUUGAAGAUUUAAACGAAAGCUCUGAUUCUGAGUAUGAGUCUUUAAACAAUACCAAAAUGCAAGACUGUGAAUCUACCAGAAGGGAUAUUAUUGAGUUCGAUGAAAAUGAUCAAUGCGAUAAUGAAAGUUUGGUUGAAGUAACAGCAGAGUUACAGGAAGUGAUGUUAAAUAUAGAAAGCAGUUCCUCGAAUUCUACUGUUUUAAAUGAAGAUGGUCCACAUGGGAACCAACGUUCGGUUGCAGUAACUGCAGAAUUAUCAGAAAGCACGUUAAAUCCAGAAAGUUGUUCUAGUAUUUAUGUUCAGUACGACGAAAAUGAUCAAUUUGAGAAUGACAGUUUUGCCGAAACAAUCACAGAGUCAUCAGAAAUUGUGACUAAUACAGACAGCUGUACCACUUCGGAAACUGUAGAAAUCUUUGUCGAUACAGUCAAGCAAGCAUUUAUAAUGACAGGAGACUUCUUAAGUGAAGCCAAAGAUAUUUUAAUGAAAAUUCCUAACGACAGAUAUCUUGUCAAAGAAACUUCUGAUGAAGGAAUUGAGGAUUGUACUCUUACAAACAAAACAUUCAGUACCGACGAUAAUAACGAAAAUAUAACUGUUUUGGAAAAAAAUCGGCAUGAGUGUGUUCACGAUUUGACACAACUGAUAGUGGACUAUUUAAUACAGCAGUGUAUGGAGGUUAAAGAGCUCAUUCUGUUUCCAGAGGUUCUGCACGAUUCUAACUUGCAUAAACUUCUUAAUAAAAUGAAAUUAAUUUAUUAUGAAGCUUUUAAGGACCAAUUAUGUGACGAUAAAAAUGAACUAAGAAUCUCAUUAGCUUCAUCAGUUCUAAAUAGACUGGAACUGGAGGAAAAGUUAAAUAAUUCUGGAGAUUCAGUAGCUUCGAACACAGUUUCCGAUAAGAUCUUUACUAUUUCAGAAUUUUUGAAUGAUAUUUUGGAUCAUUUCUUUGACAACAUCGACUCAGCGCAAUUUAGCAACUUUAGUCAGAAUUUAAUUGCGAAUAAUGAUCUUAAAUCUCAAUCUACACCAAAGCUGAAAAGAAGAGAUAUAAAUGACAACGUUGACUCAUUCGAAGUGAAUACUUUUCACCAACAGACGUUGUCAAAGUCGGGCUCUGAAAUAUUUUGGAUUUCUUUGUCUCCUGCUACACCCAGCAAAAAUACGCAACCUGGUAGAAAAAUUGUUAAUAUUGAUGAUAUUCCUUUGAGACCUCCUGUUGACUUGAUCGAUAACGGAGUGUUGCACCCUAUACCUGAAGAACCUUGUCUAAAUUUAUUUAACACUUCUCUAACUCAAGAACAAUUCGAAUCAGUUGUUGAUGAUAAUCCCACUUUGGCUCAGACGCAAAAACAAGGAGAUGAUACUUGUGUGAACGUAGAGAAAAAACAAGUCACUACAAUUUUAAGUAACAAGGUGAAUUUUUAUCGGAGCCAAACUGUAAAUAGUGCUGAUUAUGUUAGUGUAAAACGAGCAGUAUGGAACAACAAUACUGAAAAUAAGGAAAAUGCCUCCUUGAACGAUUCUGGAGAUUGGAUGGGUUACGACGCUGCAAUGUUUUGA